ACCCUCAACAUCUCCAACACCUUCAACAUCUCCAUCAUCUCCAACACCUUCAACAUCCUCAACAUCUCCAACAUCCUCAACAUCUCCAACAUCCUCAACAUCUCCAACAUCCUCAACAUCUCCAACAUCCUCAACAUCUCCAACAUCCUCAACAUCUCCAACAUCCUCAACAUCUCCCACCCUCUCCAACACCCCCAACAUCCUCAACAUCUCCAACACCCUCAACACCCUCAAUUG